AUGGCGUUCUACGGGUACGAAGAGGAGGAGGUGUGGAAGUGUCUAAAACACCCUUCCAGGCAGCGGCCCCGCAACGGGAUCUGCCCCGUCUGCCUGCACGACCGCCUCAUCACCCUCUGCCCCGACUGCGCCAACGUGCGCCCCUGCGCCUGCUGCCCGGCCAACACCACGACGCCGUCCUCGUCGUCCUCUUCGGUGUCGGACGGAGGGCCCGGCGAAUCCGGGCCCUUGUCGAGCCUCAUCGACGACGACGGCGAGCCUAACAAUUUCCGGCGAUCGCGAUCUGUCGCGGUUCCGUUCUUCCGUUCGAGGCUCGCCGGGGACAGAGAAUCCGGCGGGAAAUUUCCUCCGGCGGCGGGGACUCGGAGCAACUCGUCGAUUUGGUCGGUGUUCAGGACGCACAAGAGUAAAAAAGGCCAAGAAAAUAAUAAAAGAGGCCAAGAAGAAGUGGAUGAUUACGAGCAGCGAGUGGUAAUGAGGUCGAGAUCGGUGGGCGUGGCGGCGAAGGGAGAAGUCGCUGGGAGAGUUAAAAAGGGGAAUGAUUGUACAGGAAAUAUAUCUAUUGAGGAUCUGGAUGUUGACAUACUAAUAUCUUGA